GAUCUUAAGGAAGGUUUAUUUCGAGUUGGUGGUUUCCCUUGUGCCAUUGGGUUCAUCGACGGUACCCACGUUAGAAUAACUGCCCCUCACGAAAAUGAGCCAGACUUCGUGAACCGGAAAGGAUUUCACUCUAUCAAAAUAUCCAGGCAAUCUGCGACCAUCGAGGUAAGCAAAUAUGUCUAGCUCUGAUUAUUGAUUUAGCAAAGGACAACAUGUUCGUUUAACCCUAAGCUUUACUGUGCAUACUAUCUCAUGUAAAUAACAGGAGAUAUCCUAAAUAUGAGCAUGAAAGCCGUAGAAAUUUCGCAUCCAAUGUAUAACGCUUUUCUGACACCUUAGGAGCAGUGUGCGACAGACUGUCUUGAGCACAACACGUGAUCAAAUAUGUGAUCACGAGAUUCACGCAGAUACAAUUUACCGUGUAAACAAGAGAAUGAAAUUGAUUUAAAAUGAUUGACUUUUCGAACUGUGCGAUCACCCGUUUGAUUCUAUCGCUGUCGGAUGUAAUCGAUUUUGUUUUUUGGAAACGGGUAUUGAGUCUUCCAAAGGUGACAUGACAACAAUGAAAAUAUUCUUUGGUGAUCACUAAAUGUGUUCUCCAAUAUGGACAUUUUUUUAGUGGUCUGCGUUAGUUCAAGUGUUGGAACAAAGCAUUACGGAGCAUGGCCAAGGAAUGCCUUGAAGUUUACCAUAUUAAGAAAGGGAUAAUUUGCCUAGGGAUAGGGUAGUUGAUUGUUUUGACAAAAUGAAUGAAGUGAUCCCACGAUUACUGCUCCAAAAUUGGAUUAUGCUCACAUUAUGACAAUUUUGUGGGAAGGAAGACACAUGCAGAAAUACCAUACACCUAAGUUGCAUCAAAAUUUUUUUUACAUAACAUAAAACAUAAAAAUUAAAAACCAGUUGUAGUGUAUUGAAUACAUUUGAAUUUUACAGGAAUGUUUACUGAUGUUGUGGCUAGACAGCCUGGUUCAACUCAUGAUAGCCAUAUUUUACCUGGACAUCAGCCAUAGGGGGUAA